AUGGAGGCCGCCAACGCAGCAGCUUCAGCGAGUAACGCGACCGGCAGUCCAGGCCGCCCCUGGCUGCGAACGACAAACUUGGCCCUGGCAACGGUGGGCAUCGCGGUGUCCACGACGGUGCUGGUCAUGCGGAUCUACACCAAGAUCCGGAUUAUGAAGAGGUUCUGGUGGGAUGACGUCUGUCUGAUAUGCGCCUGGUUCAUUUCCAUGGCCACUCAGGGGACUAUCAUCUACGGAUUGGAACACGCGUACAUCGGCGUGCAUAUCUGGUUCUUGACGCCGGAGAAGAUCAAUACGCAUCUCAAGGUCGUCGUCCCCUCCGCCACAAUCUACAUCUCCAGCCUCGCCCUCGCCAAGAUCGCCCUGCUCAUGCUCUACCACCGCCUACUGAGCAUGAUUAGCAUCUGGAAAUACAUCAUCUACGCCGUGGGGAUCUUCAUCGUCGCGUACAGCAUCGCGCUCACCCUCGCGCUGAUCUUUGCGUGCCACCCCGUCGGCAAGAACUGGGACGUCACGGUCACGACGGGGUCGUGCAUCAGCCGGCAGGGGAUCUACAUGGCGACGGCGGUGACGAACACGUUGAGCGACGUGAUUCUGAUUCUGAUUCCGAUCCCGAUCGUGUUCCAGUUGACGUUGCCGUUUGUGCAGAAGGUGGGGAUCUUCUGUAUGUUUGUCGUGGGGUGUUUGACGAUCGUAACGAGUAUCGUGCGGUUAGCCACGCUGUGGCCGUUAGUUACAACGCAAGACCGGACGUAUAAACUCGCGUUGGCGAGUGUGUUUGUAGUGAUUGAAGCCAACUUCAUCAUCAUCUGCGGCUGUCUGCCGUACUUCCGGCAGUUUCUGCGGUUCCACUGCCCGCGGUUGAUCGGCAUCCACGGCAUCAGCGCAGGGAGCCACAGUCACGGGUCGUCGUUGGGGGAGACGCCGCCGUGCAAGAUGAAGAAGCCCGGGCUGAGCCAAUUGCAGGAUGAUAUUGGGAUGGCGUUGAAUGAGCCCGUGAUAGAUCGGAGAGAGAGUUAUUUGUCUGCUGUUUGAUUUGUUCUUUCUUUCUUUCUUUCUUUCUUUCUUUUUUGAUUCGAACGAUUUUCUGGUUGGAGAUGAUACCUCUUGCUUUGGUUUGAGUGACUCUCUGGCUUUAGCUGAUACUCAUUGUUUAUAGUGUGCUUGUCUGUGGAACUCAGUAUACAAAUACAUCGC